AUGCCCAUCUUACCUCUCACUUAUCAAAGCCGGGACAUAUCUUUCUCUGACUGGAUUUCCCUGGUCACCCUCUGCCUAGCUCCACUGGUCGCUCACGUAGCUGCUGGUGCGCCUCAGCCAUCUUACCUCACACGACGUCGCCUCCCAAAAUGGCACGAUCUACUCUGUCACUACAAUCCCACCUCUAUUCUUUGGAGAUACUUUGCAGUCACGGACAGGAGACUAAGGGCGAAACACUGGGAUGUGGCUGACAUAGCAGCUGCCAAUGCCCUGUUCUGGACGGACGCCGGCUGGGACGGCUCCGAGAAGGUAGCCGAACAGAGCUUGUCCUUCUGCUCACGCCUGCCCGCCCAUGCCAGGACCGAAAUCGCCUCUUGGGAAAUGAUCAAGACGGUCGUUGUAGGCCUCCAAGCCGCACAGGCUUUCUACAGCAUAGGGGGUAGCCUGUUUGGGCCCGGGACUUCAAAUUACAUUUUUCGAUUCGCCCUGGACAAUAUGUUCCUGCCUAUCGGUUGCCUCGGCCUGUACAUAUUCUGCGCUGCGUUUUGGAUCACUGACAACUUCGCCUUUAUCGAUGUUUCGGACCCGGGGUCGACCGCGGUUGGCCAUCGGAGGGUCCUGCCAGAGCGACAGACCGUCUACGACAACAACAAGCUUUCGGUCCCGGAGACCCAGAUUGAGGUCGCUGGGAGACUAUCGCUAGAUAGUUUCCUGGACCACCCAGCGGCAGCUGAGCAUCACGGGUCCCGUUUCUUUCCGACGUCCCGAUGGUCGAGCAGGGUCUUGCGCAUCUGCUGGAUCCUUCCGCUGUUGGCCUUGACAGCAUUCUGCAUCAUCUACGCGGCACCUUGGUCCUUCUGGCAUGACCGUGAAUGGAUAGGAUGGAUCAUGCCUGCCUCAGCAUUUACCAUGGUCAUCUUCUAUCUCGUCGUUUUCGGCUGCUCGUCCCUGAUCCUCCUCUACUACUUCAUCCGCGGCGCGAACACGACAACGAUCAUUCCUUGCGCGUCAAUGCUCUGGUAUAAGAUUUAUACAAUUGUCAUCUCGGUUAUGAUGGCCUUGGUUCUUAUUCUAGUAGCAUUGGAGACUGCUAGAACGCCGUGUGGGUCCUAUUCUGCCUGGCCCCCUGCGCAAUGGCACGGGACAGCUUGUCCUCAAAAGAUUCUUCCCGUUGGUCAGAACGAAGGCUCGGGUUUUGGUCUUGCGUUCCGAUCACGCAACUCAUCAGAAACAAGGGGUUGGACGGACGACGAAUUCCGCGUACUGAAUGUUACGGGAGUUUGUUUGGUGAGCAGUUGGAGCGAGGUCGCUCAGCGGGCUGCGGCAUUUGGUUUGGCUUCGAUGCUCGAGGCAUAA